GCGGCGUCCGCGGGAAACCCUGCUCGUCCGUCCCGCCUAGCCGCGGGAAUGGCCAACUAUGGGAGGCCGGUACUGCGGCCCUGGAUUCGAGAGCUGAUCCUGGGCUCAGAAACACUCUCAAGCCCACGACCCGGGCAGCUGCUCAAGGUACUUUGGGACUCAGAGACGCCGGGCCCAUCCAGUGCCCCCGACUCCCCUGACACCGGAGCCAUGCUGCUUGUAUCUGACGGGGUCUGCAGCGUCAGAUGUCUGGUGACGAGCGAGGCCCUGGACGCCUCAGACUGGGAGGAAAAGGAGUUCGGAUUCUGCGGGAAAGAGGGCCAGCUGCUGCUGUUGAAGGCCUGUGAGGUCCGCAUCCAGGUCGCUGAGGGCGACGUGCCUUCAGAGUUUUACCUCCAGGUGGACCGCUUCACCAUGCUGCCCACAGAUCAACCCCGUGUACAGGUGACAGAUUGCAACCAGGACUCAGAUGUACAGAAAAAGCUCUAUGACUGCCUUGAGGAUCACCUUUCAGAGUCCACUUCUUCCAGUGCAGUCCGAUGCCUGGUCCCGUUCCCAGGCCUAACACUGUCUCAGCUUCUGGAUGAAGUUCAAGAGGAACAGGAGCACCGGGGGGCGCUAGUACGCCUGGCUGAGAGCUGCCUGAUGUUGAAAGGCCCUUGCACAGCGCCCCCUCUCACCCAGUGGGCUGCCUCCUACUGCAAUGCAAUGGUAGAAGACAUGUACACUGUCUCUGGUUUAUUGCUGCACAUUUCUGACAAUGACCAACAAAUUCUGAGAUCUCUGGGUUCAAGCCGGAGGGCACAACAAGGAACCCCUACCUCACCCAGCCACAUGCCACUGGAGGAAAGUGGUGCCAGCAUCAGCCUUUUGCCUGCCCUGUCCUUGGUUACUCCAGAACUAGAGCAGGAAGACAGCUCCUCAUCCCCACCAGCCAACUGCUCAGCCUCUAAAAUCUUAACCCACAGCCCCCAACACCCCAGUUGUGUAUCCGCUUCUUGUACUCCCACAUUCUCACCCAUUGGCCAUGCCCCCAGUCAACACGGGGCCUCUGUUACCAAAGCCCAGAAGCUGGAGUUCAAAGAAGUAGAGUUGUCCCCCCAAAAUGGGCAGCGUCUUCCAAUGACCCCAGCCAAAGGCACCCAGGAGCCCUGCUCUGUCUGGGUGAGCAUUUACUCUGCAAUUGGAAGGGAGAUAGGGAGCCCCCAAAGAGACAUCGUGAUGGCUCUGCUUUCCAAUAUAAGUAUGAGCCACCCUGUGCCUCCCUCCGUGCCCAAGUCCAAGCUGCCAGGCUCCCUCCUCAGCUUGUGGCCUGGGCUUUGCAGUACUUGAUGGAACCACAGCCAGACACCGAGCUAACUCAGGUGUGAGAGCUCCUAC